UGCAAGCCGUAAAGAUAAAAUAAUAAUAAUAAUCUGGUUUCCUCCUUCGUUCGACGGUUCUACGACUUUGAUCCACACCAUCUUCAUCUCCCCACCUCUCGAUCGAUCUCAGGUUAACAUUGAUUAUCUUGCGGAUGGAGUUAAAGAGCAUCAAGGACGCGUUCGAUCGCGUUGCGAACAAGCACAAGCUCUCGUACACCAAAACGCACGAGAUCGUUCAGAUGCUUUCUCAAGAACUCGACAAGGCGUUGAGCUUGAUGCAGGAUACUCAGCUUGAUCACAAAUCUAUCCUCGUCGACGCCAAGAAACUCUUCACGGAGAAGUCUCCAGCCGCUCAGCUCGAAUCCGCUGAGAAAGAACUCAACGUGGCUCUCACCAAGUACCCCAAAGUCCUCGAGAAGCAGCUCAACCCCGAGAUAUCGAAGGCUUACAGAACCAAUGCGGAGUUCGAUACUCAUAUCGUGAACCAGAUCAUCGCUAACUUCUUCUACCGUCAGGGGAUGUUUGAGAUCGGUGACUGUUUCGUUGCCGAGACUGGCGAAUCUGAGUGUACUACGAGGCAGUCUUUCGUGGAGAUGUAUGAGAUACUGGAGGCUAUGGAGAGGAGAGAUCUUGAACCGGCUCUUACUUGGGCAGGGGCUAACUCUGAAAGGCUGAAGCAAGCGAGGUCUGAUCUGGAGAUGAAGCUUCACAGCUUACAGUUUUUGAAGAUAUCUCAAGGGCAAAACUCGCAAGAGGCUCUCAGCUACGCGAGAAAGCAUUUCGCCGUGUACGCAGAUAGCUGUCUUUAUGAAAUCCAGAAGCUCGUUUGCUCUCUCUUGUGGGACAAGAACCUCGAACAGUCGCCGUACUCGGAGUUUCUCUCUCCCGUUCUGUGGGACAACGCGGUGAGAGAGAUGACAAGGCAGUACUGCAACCUACUCAGCGAAUCAUCUGAGAGUCCGUUGAGUGUAACGGUAACGGCUGGUACGCAAGCUUUGCCUGUGCUGUUGAAAUACAUUAACGUGAUGGCGAACAAGAAGCUCGACUGGCAGAGUGUGGAGCAGCUUCCUGUGGCCGUGGAGCUGCCCGAGGAGUUUCAGUUUCAUUCGGUGUUUGUCUGCCCCGUCUCCAAGGAACAGUCGAGCGAGGAUAAUCCUCCGAUGAUGAUGUCUUGUGGCCACGUGCUUUGCAAGCAGACUAUCACCAGAAUGUCGAAGAAUGGCGCUAAGACUUCUUUCAAGUGUCCUUAUUGUCCUACCGAUAUAGACUCGACAAGGUGCAAGCAGUUAUACUUCUGACUGGUGUUGGAAUGUAUUGCUGUGUUCUGUUUCGUUGAAGGUUUUCAUGUACAAAAAUCAUCAGGGAAGUUUUAGAUAAUUCGGACAUCCCAUCCAUAAGAACGUGUUUGUGUUUGUUCCAACUUUCUAAAUAUAGAAAUUCUUUACAUUUCCAAAAUUAGCUUACUACUGUUUCAAUAUUCAGUUUGUAACUUUUCUU